AUGGCCACUUCAAUAGCAACCAGAAAAAAGACAAAGCUAGUCUACAAGCAAGAUUCAGAUGGUGUAUUUAGAUUGAAGAAAGUUGAUGACAAUAAAAAUGAUAAUAUAUCAAUCAGUAGUGACGAACUACUGCGAAGAAGAGCAAAAGUGGACAGUUAUCUCAAUGAAUUGAUGGAUUGUUCAUAUACCGUUGAAAGUGGCUCUUCUGGUACCACUUCUACUACCUUACAAUCAAGACCGAGAUCGAAAUCAGCUUCGAAUGAUACCGAUUCCAAAUCGGGUAAUAUAUCAAAUGAUUGUAAACAAACCGAAAAAAAGGCAAAGCCGCACACCAGCAAAACAAGAGCAAAAUCAGUGCCUGCAACAUCAGCCACAACAACACCCACGUACUCCUCAUCAACAAGCACGAACAAUAGCGUGGCAUCUUUGAAUAAAUCCCAGCUGCUACUGUUUUCCCCUAGAAUGGCCCACUUGAAACGAACUCAGCACCAUGCCAAGUCAUUUAAUGCACCAAGUUUUGCAUUUGGAGUGGUAUUAACAGUCGUUGUUGCUACAUUUAAGGACCAACUAACGCGAAUUACCCUUGGAUUGAUUAUUUGUGCAAUUGCAUUGUUACUUCUCGUCGUUUGCGGGAUUUCAGCUUCACUUUAUUUGGGAUUCGUUAAGCCAGAGGAUGUAAAGAUUCUUGAUCUAUUUAAAACCUAUUUUCAAGAAUCACAACUAUCAACAGAGGUACUGAGCAAAGUAUAUGAUAGGAGAGAUGAUGUGAGUGAUAUAAUUCAGCAUUAUACAGGGGAUAGUGGACGACGCAAGUCCAGGGAGUCGCUUACUCCUAGUCUUGGCAGUCGGGAGCACCAACCAGCAACGGCCAAACGUCGCCUAUCGAAUAUUAAAGUUGCACCAUACAGAUAUGAUAGGAUGGCAGAAUCGCCAAGUUCUUCAUUUGAAAAUGUCAAGUCCAGUCGCCAAGUAAAACAAGACUAUACCUUGGGUAACAAUAGCACCCCUAAUUUUGCAACUGACUCACAUGAUCCAUUGCGCAACAUUCCAGCAUUGAACAGAAUCAACACUGAGCCAACACAAGUUCCCAAGAGCAGACGUAACCUGCCAUCGCCACCAUAUCCUGUACAUACCUCCAGAAGACCUCGGUUUGAUUCUGUCCAAUCUACCAACUCUACAAAAAAUUUGCCAUCUUUACCAUCCGAUGAUCUUCCAUUCAUUAAUGAAGUCAAACUUAUUGACUCGUUAGAGCACGACCGCGAUAAUGUUUCUUCACUGAUUGGAGGUGGACCUAUUACCAGAAGAGGUAGCUCUCCAACUAGACAGCAAUCAAUUUUGGGAACCACUGCAAAUUAUGAAAAGUUUAUAGCCAACGUAAAUCAUUGA